UUGCUCUUAAGCCACCAUGCACCAACCAUCACAAUUCACAAAGUAUCUGCAUAAAGCCUCCUUACACCUCACACCUUACUCCAAAGAGCUAAAUAAAUGGUGCUCUUCUGUAGCGGAUACUUGAUGGUAUAAAAGGGUCUAGUUGAAGAAUAUAGACUGAUGCUAUUGAAUUUGGUCAAUACGAUCAUACAAAUCAAUGACAAAGACCAAGUGCUGGUUUGGUUGGAUGGGGAGGCUCUUUAAUUCUCAGGCGAAAACAAAAGUAGAAAAGAAAUUGAAGAAGCUGAGAUGGUCUUUUGAAAAGUCUAGAUGUAAGCAGUACCCUGCACUGAUAGCACCACAGAAGACACUGAGGGAGGCAACGGAAGAGCAGAGAAAGCAUGCUUUGACUGUUGCCAUUGCAACAGCUGCUGCUGCUGAGGUUGCAAUGGCUGCCGCCCAUGCUGCGGCCGAGGUUGUCCGGCUCACCAGCGCUUCUCACUCUUGCAAGCGUUUCACAAAGCAAGCUAGAAAUUUGGCUGCCAUUAGGAUUCAAAGCGCUUACCGGGCACAUCUGGCAAGGAAAGCAUUGAGAGCAUUGAAGGGACUGGUGAGACUUCAAGCCAUAGCUCGUGGGCGAGCAGUGAGAUGCCAAGCAGUCUCAUUGAAGUGUUUGCCACCCGCUGCAAAAAGACAGGCAGAGGUCCAGAAAAGGAGCAGCCCCACUGCAUUAGGGGAUACAAAAGAGUUUUUCAGGGCCAAAGAGGAGUUGGAUGAAAAGGAAACAAAGCUUGAAUGCAGCAGUCAGAGAAGCUGGGACCGCAGCACACUUCUGAAGGAAGAUAUGGAAGCCAUAUGGUUAAGAAAACAAGAGGCCAUCAUCAAAAGAGAGCGCAUAAAGAAAUAUUCAUUUUCACACAGGGUAACUAAAUUUACUACUUUUUAUCAGCUUAAUUUUCAGAACAAUUAG